AUGUCGAGGGCCCCCCAUCACCAGCAUUCGCGGUCUUUCCCGCACAACAAUCCCCAUCUCCGUAUUCCCUCUAUAUCUUCUGCACCCCUAGCACCGCCCACUCUCAAUAUCAUUGCCCCCCGCUCCCCUGGGCCCAGGCUCACUAUUCCUGCAGACACGCCACCGCCAUCUGCUCUUUCGCCACUAAGUCCACUCUCGCCUCCAAGCCCGGUCCCAACUCGCGGUCGUACUCCCAACCUUUCCUUGGAUAUCACCGCACUUACCGUUGCGAGCGGCCCAAAUUCAGCCAGUGUAAGCUCAGCACAGGCAUCUCCACUCAUGAGUGCUGCCACUCUUGUGUUCAACGGGGGGAUCAACAGCCAAACGAUGUUGCACCCCAACUAUCUCAACGCGCCUCAGAGCUCGCAAACUCAGACUCAGAGUCCCGUUCAACAGAAUGGCCUGUUCACAUUCGACAUGCAGACCAACGUCACAUCCCACACCUCUACGUCAGGACACAGCCGGAAGCGAAGUGUUUCCGGAGAGCCGCGGAACGAGAGUCCUACCAGGCCCAACACCGGGUCAGGAGAUUCAUUUGAUUUCCUCACCUCACUGAUGGGCGGGUAUGAUAUGCCUAUGUCCAACGGCGUGAGCCCGAAUGCGACUGGGACAGGAAGUGGUAGCCCAACCACCACUUCAGACCCUGAGCCAGAUGUCGACAUGGACGGCGAUUUCAAGGACAUUGAUAUGGGGAAUGGUGUGUUCGGGGGUCCAGGUCCCGGCUCGUCUAAUGCAAAGCCGAGCAAUAACAAUUUCGUGACGAAGCUCUUCCAGUACGACCUUUGUCGUUAUGGCUAUAUUGGUAAUUUUUCGAGUUUCGUUCGUCAGCUUAAUAUGUAUGGUUUCCACAAAGUCAACAAGACUCCACGUUCGCAACGCACUUCGCAAGAUAACCAAACAUGGGAAUUCUCUCACCCCAAAUUCCUCAAGGGUCGAGUUGACUUGCUCGAUCAGAUCAAACGCAAAGCCCUCGACAAUGAACCUCCUGGUCGUAACACUCGAGUCGAAUUACCUGCCGAGGUCGCCACCCAGCUUAGGAGAAUGGUUCAGGAGCACCAGAGCUUGAAACAUGCUUUGGCCGAGGAGCGUGCACGAGUUGAAGGGUUGACCGAUGUGGUGAAGAUGCUGUAUGAUAUUGUCGCAACUACUCACCCUGGACAGAUGCCCGGUCAAUUCCCUACGGACCUGCUCGAUCCUAGCGAGAACCCGCCUAUUUAUAUCACAUCCCCACCUGAAUCCCCACUCCCGCCACCGUUCUCCCUUUCUAAUGGUGGUACUGGUACGUUUGCGUACUCGCCCACGUCUUCACCCACCUCACCCGACUUUCCCCAACCCCAAGAUGGACGGGGCCAUGUCAAACGCAUCCGCGUGGAAGAAUCGAGCUUCCCGGCCGGACUUGGUCUUGACCACGGCAUGAACCAUCACCAUUCGCAACAUCAGGCGAGCCAAGAUGGGGCCCGCCGGCUCCUGCGAGCCCGGAGUGACUCAGCUCCACAUGGAAUGGGUCUAGGCCAUUACCUGACUAGCGCGAUUCCUCAGCAAGGCCGCCCAAGAAGUGGGUCUAGUCUGUCCGGAUAUCAGCCCCAAGCCCAACCGGGAGGCGUCAAGGACGAAUACUCCCUGAGUGGCAUGGGUUUGGAUUUGGGUAUGUAG